GUUCAUGCUGAGCUCUGCUAUUGAUUGGCUGUUGGUGUGGCAGCGUGGGCCUGCUGCAUACAUUACCCUCUUUUUAUUUACAAAGCCAAAUAGGUUACUUCUUAGUAGUCUUCUUUGUGUUGCCCAAUUUUAGAAAAGGUAAGAUAUUUCUACUGAGUGAUAAAAAGAGCUUCUUCUCCAAUUUGUGCGAGAAAAUAAAAUCAAAUAAAUAAAAUACAAUCAAAUAUGAAAAGGGCUACAAGUGGUAUCCAUUUUCUGCUGUUUUUAAUUAUUUAAAAAUUGGCUUGUAAGUAUUUACUUUUCAGUGUUCGUGGAGCUCUCUGCUGCCGGAUAGGGGCAUCCAAUAUUUAUGUUUUCUGUCUGGCGCUGCAAAUAGCUGUCGCCUCAGUCACCACACAUGCGCAGGAAGGGGUUUAUACAAAUGGUGCAUCCUGAGCGAAGGCAACUCGAAUCCACAAUAGGAAGAAAUUUCUUCCAAGUAGGCCCAUUCUUCUGAGGCUAGAAAAUAAAUUUCCUUCAAAGCAGCUGUGCAUCCUGGACGCAGCGGGGGUCACGGGUUUGAUGUUGCUGAUAUUUUGAUGUGACGUUGCUGGUGUAUGAGAACUUAUUUCACGUCCUUAUAGUCGUGAUUUGUUCUGUAAUGACGCCAGACAUGCGUAAAACUCCACAUCAAGGCAGAAAAAAGAGGCAUUUCUACUAUGGGUAAGCACAAAAAUGUUUGAGAAUAUCUCAUUAUUUGAAUUGUUUCUUAACGUUUUAUUUCUAAUCAGUUCGUUUCUGCACAGAUGUAAUCCAGGCUCCGAGAGGGUAAACUGACACUUUUGCGCUGUGUGUGGUAUGUUGGCACGCUCUGAUGGAAAAAGAGCAUGCUGCCUCUCAUGUCAGAAUCCUAACCCUGAACAGAUCCCAAACAAAUGAGUAGUGCAGGGUACCCAUACAGAAUAACGCCACUUGCAGGGAACGUAUCUGUUUAGAGCCUACAGAUGAGGACAGAGGGAUUUAUUUGAAUUUGUUCCAUGGUGUGUCGUUGUAUUCAUCACCAUUUAGAAAGUCGUCGUUAUCAAACUCUGGUCUAACAAAUGCAUUCAGAGGUGUUUUGGAAAGUGAGUCGUGGGAGGAGAUUUGUCUUACUCCCCUGCGCUGUGUCCAGCUUCUAGUCUGGAUCCUGGCCAGAUGGGGAGGGAGUAGUUCCUGGCGAUUUCUUGAAGGGAUUUGAGGGGAUAGAGGGGCAGAGAGAGAUUUAAGAAUUGAUAGGUGGUCGAGUUGUGUUUGGCCGGUUGGAUAUGCGCAAGCCAAAUCGAAGAGCUUUAUUUCCCCUCUCAUAUGGGAUUAUUGCCAGCGAUGGACAGAGAGAGGAAGGAGGAACAGCGGCUGGUGUUUCUUGAUUUUCAUGGCUAUAAACGCGCAGAGCAUCUGAAAGAGACCCUUAAAUUUUAAUAAUCGCGCGGGGGAACAUUUAAUUGAGCUUGAGCUACAGGAAGAGUUAGGUGCCCUGCUGUUAUUUAGCCACCACACCGAACUCAUCCAACAAAAGAGGCACAACCAUGACGACCGAGAGUGCCAAGCAACAUUUGGAUAAUCCUCUGCGCUCCAGUCCAGCGGCCGGUGCUCUCAACGCCGCUCUGCUGAGUGCGCCGCCGGUGAUGGAGAGCGCGCAGAAUGCGUCAACCAAAUGGAAAAAGGGAAACUCCGGCUUGAGGCGUCCCGAAAAGCCUCCCUACUCGUAUAUCGCUCUCAUUGUGAUGGCAAUUCAAAGUUCGCCGAGUAAAAGGCUCACUUUGAGUGAGAUCUAUCAGUUCCUGCAGGCCCGCUUCCCUUUCUUCAGGGGAUCAUACCAGGGGUGGAAAAACUCCGUCAGACACAACCUGUCUCUGAACGAGUGUUUUAUAAAGCUGCCUAAGGGUCUCGGUAGACCAGGCAAGGGGCACUACUGGACCAUCGACCCGAGUAGCGAGUUUAUGUUUGAGGAGGGCUCCUUUCGUCGCAGACCUCGGGGGUUCCGUAGGAAAUGCCAAGCUUUGAAACCAAUGUACAGGAUGAUGAAUGGCAUCGGCUUUGGUACGUCCAUGCUGCCGCAAAACUUUGAUUUCCAAUCCCCUUCUGGCUCAUUAGCGUGCCAUAACAGCUACAGUAUAGACUUGAUGGGUAAUACAGUGCCAGGCGGUUUUGAUGGACUCGGAGGGGGACAUCACGUUCCACAUAUGCCAUCAGGCUCCGGGUCUUCGUACAUGGCCGCGUGUCAGGUGGCCUCUAAUGCGGACUAUUGCCCGGACAGCAGCAGCAGCCCCCUGCAGUCCUCUCCGGCGAUGGUGGGCACUUUGGACUGUCAGUCUCCUUAUGCAAAUACAACUUCACACUGGAGUUCACCUGGUGUAUCCUCAUACAUCAAGCAGCAGUCGCUGACAUCAAGCAGUCCCACUUCAUCUGCUCUGCACACGGGAAUGUCAUCCUACUCUCUGGAUCAAGGCUAUCUGCACCAUAAUGCACGGGAUUCCUCUGAGAUUUCAGUGGGCCUGUCUCGGUAUUCCAGCCACUCUUCUCCCGUGUGUGACAGGAAGGACUUCGUCCUGAACCUAAACGGGAUCUCAUCUCUUCAUCCCAGCACCGGCGGAUCCUACUAUCAUCAGCUUCAUCACCAUCACCAGAGCGUGUAUCAGGACGUGAAGCCGUGCGUCAUGUGACACCAACGUGUCUUUGAACGUCCCUGUUCAAAUGAAAGCUUCAACAGCGUCUUUGAUGAAUGACUUUGGGUCAGUUUUGAGGCAGAGACGGUUCUCCUCAUGGUUAUUUCUAAUGGUUAUGAUGUGAGGACUACACACCCUCAUUACCUGACAGCCUUUACACACGGAUUAGCACUAUCAGCACUAUAACACAUAACGUAGGCCUACACGUAGCUGAGUUCAUCUUUAUUCAUGCAAAUUCUGUUUUUUUUUUUACUUUUCUGCAGAGAUGUACUUUGAAGGCAUCAUUUGGAGGUGUUUAAUGUCUUUUGUAAUAAAUGUUUCUUUUUUAUU